AUGGGUGCUGACGGUGGAACUAUUGCAAAAAGACAAGAUCUAUUAUCAUCAUUGACAAAUAGAGCUAAUGCUGAUGCUCAAAGAGGUGAAGAUAAAGAAGAAGAUCUAAUCAAAAUAUGCCAUCUUUCAAGUCUACCGUUAUAUAAUAAUGAUCCUAUCGUUGGCGAUUACAAGGGUAAGUUGUAUAUUAAGGAAAAGUUACUACAAUACCUAUUAGAUAUUAAAAUGAAUAAAUCGAGUAUCAAAUCAGAAUUUUCCCAUAUCAAACUGCUAAAAGACAUUUGUCCAGUAACAGUAUCAUGGACCAUUAUUAAUAGAGAACCAUUCAUUGAAUGUCCAGUGAUCAAAAAAGUUGAGAAAUCUUAUUUGUACCUACGGUCAUGUGGUUGUUUGAUUUCUAAAAAAGCGUUGAACGAGCUUUCAGAAACUAAAGAAGAGAGGAAAUGUCCAAAUUGCAAUGUCAUUUUCUAUGAUUAUGAUAUUGUGAUGCUUGAUCCAUUGAACUUGAAGCAAAAUCGUGAUAUCAAUGAAGAAAACAUACUGAUUCUAAAACAAAAGGGGUUGUCACAUUCAAAAUUACCACUAAAAAAGACUAAAAAGAAAAAGCUUCUUGAUGAAGAUGAGUAUAUCAGGAAGAGGAAGUUACCUGAUGAGAUCACUAAUUCUAGAAAGCGUAAGCCUACAGUUUCCUGA